AGCCUGGGAAUCGGUUCGAUUUCGUGCCGAAGCCACUCGGGCGGAGUCGCGGUGAUUACAGAGCGCACGGCUCGGGAGUUCGGACAAUUUGUGUUAACAAAGAAAAGAAAGAAAGAAAGAAAGGCGAAUUUGGACUGGGAUUUUAAUUUGACGCGUUAUUUUGGUAUUCGAAGUGGAUUUUCGGUUAAACUCGAGCUUCGUGCGCGUUGGGACACAGCUAUCUUUGUCGAGCUAACGCGGCUAGUUGCGGUUAGCUGCACUUUUUUUCUUACGGGAAGGAAAGGAUUUUUCUCGGCCCUGCUUGGACGAGACUCCAUAUAAGUUCCUAAAGUGGCGUUUGCGCUGGCCAAAGCUCUGGAGCAGACCUGAUGGAAACAGUAUGUCUAAAGCGCCAUGAGGCUCCUCUAGACCACUGGAGAAUCAGUUUCACAUAAAUAAUCGGACUAUUGCUGGAGGACGACUGCAGCAUGGUAUUGUAUUGAGUCGCUAGGGUUCCAAGAGCUAGUUUUCAUCACAGGGAACACCAGAUCUUGGUGCUGCUCCUACAAGUGGUUUGUUAAAGUAAGUGUAAGGUUGAGGUGUAAAACCUUGCGUAUUUUGAGGAAUUUUGUUCUCUAAGAUACAAGAUGAGUGCAGAAGGAUAUCAGUACAGAGCACUAUAUGACUAUAAGAAGGAGAGGGAGGAGGACAUUGACCUGCACGUUGGGGACAUACUCGUAGUGAGUAAAGGUGCCCUGUUAGCACUCCGUUACGAUGAAGCAGCGGCCGAGAGGCCAGAGGAGAUCGGCUGGCUGCCCGGGUAUAAUGAGAUGACUCAGGAAAAGGGGGACUUCCCUGGUACCUAUGUGGAGUUCAUUGGGAGGAAGAAGAUUUCUCCUCCGACCCCAAAGCCACGACCUCCCAGGCCUCUUCCCCUGGCACCCAGAUCGGCCAAAAGCGACUCGGACUCUGAGCAAGGAGGUCCAAGCACUUUGCCGGAUCUGACCGAGCAGUUCGCACUUCCAGACAUGGCCCCGCCCAUGCUGCUCAAACUGCUGGAGGCCAUCGAGAGGAAAGGUCUGGACAACCCCAAUCUCUACAGAAACUUCACUGCUGGAGGUGGCCUCGAUGUACGGCAGUGUUUCGACCCCGACGGCCAGCCCAUGGACAUGGAGCAGCUCGACCUGCAGAUGCUGUGCGAUUGUCUGAGACGAUACCUGCUGGAUUUGCCUCAGCCGGUGAUUCACUCUGCAAUCUCUACUGAGAUGGUACACAUUGCUCAAGAGGUUCAGGCCAUGGAGGAUUGUGCAGAACACUUGCGGAGGGUUGCUGGUUCCUCAAUUUUGCCAACACAGUACUGGCUGACGUUGCAGUGCCUGCUGAGGCACCUCGCCCGUGUGUGCCAGGCUUCGGCCGCCAACCUGCUGAACGCUCGCGCCCUUGCCGAAAUCUUCAGCCCUGUCCUAUUCCGGCAGCAGGCAACCAGCUGUGAGCCCAGUCCUGAGUUGCACAUUAGGAUUGUUGAAGUGCUGGUGACCAGUGAAUGGAGCAGCAACCAGGCAGCUCCAGCACUACCUCCAAAACCACCCAAACCAAUCCCUGUCACUAACAACGGUAUGAACAACAAUAUGGCUCUACAGGAUGCCGAAUGGUACUGGGGGGACAUUUCAAGGGAGGAGGUCAACGAGAAGUUAAGAGAUACAGCUGAUGGAACAUUUUUGGUUCGUGACGCCUCCACCAAAAUGCACGGAGACUACACCCUCACACUGAGGAAAGGCGGUAACAACAAGCUGAUCAAAAUCUUCCAUCGCGAUGGGAAGUACGGUUUCUCAGACCCUUUGACUUUUAACUCUGUGGUUGAGCUGAUCAAUCAUUAUCGGCACGAAUCCCUCGCCCAAUACAACCCCAAACUAGAUGUGAAGCUGCUGUAUCCUGUGUCCAAGCACCAACAGGAUCAAGUUGUGAAAGAGGACAACAUCGAAGCCGUGGGCAAGAAGUUGCAAGAAUACCACCUGCAAUUUCAAGAGAAAAACCGGGAGUACGACAGACUGUAUGAGGAGUACACCAGAACGUCACAGGAGAUCCAGAUGAAAAGAACCGCCAUCGAAGCUUUUAAUGAGACCAUCAAGAUCUUUGAGGAGCAAUGCCAGACGCAAGAGCGGUACAGCAAAGAGUACAUCGAGAAGUUUAGGAGAGAAGGCAACGACAAGGAGAUCCAGAGGAUAAUGGUGAACUACGAGAAGCUGAAGUCCCGCAUCAGUGAGAUCGUGGACAGCAAGCGGCGUUUAGAGGAAGACCUGAAGAAGCAGGCGGCUGAUUACAGGGAGAUCGACAAGAGGAUGAACAGCAUCAAGCCUGAUCUCAUCCAGCUCAGGAAGACCAGGGAUCAGUACCUCAUGUGGUUGACACAGAAGGGCGUCAGGCAGAAGAAGCUGAACGAAUGGCUGGGAAUCAAAAACGAGAACCAGGAAGAUCAAUACUCGAUUGGGGACGACGACGAGGACUUGCCGCACCACGACGAGCGCUCCUGGAAACUCGGGAACAUUAAUCGGCUCCAAGCCGAAGCUCUUCUACGUGGCAGAGACGGAACAUUCCUGGUUCGAGACAGCAGCAAAUCAGGCUGCUACGCCUGCAGUGUUGUUGUGGACGGAGAGGUCAAGCACUGUGUCAUCAACAAAACUCCCACAGGCUUUGGUUUCGCCGAACCUUACAACCUGUACGGCUCACUGAAGGAACUGGUUUUGCACUACCAGCACACAUCCCUCGUUCAGCACAACGACUCUCUAAACGUCACGUUAGCAUACCCGGUUUACGCACACCCGCGGCGAUGAGAACCCUGUGAUCACGCGCUUUGUCUGGACUUCAAAGCUCACUAUUGGAGCUCAGAAGGAGGGAGGACGAGACAAAAAAAAGGCCUCAGCUCCUGCAGCGAAGCCUCCACUUUGGAUUCAGGAUGGAGGGUUGUUUUUUUUUUCGUUGCUAAACCCCAAAAGCAGAGAUUUCAGCCAAGAUCUCGAGGAGUCGUAUCGUUUUCCUCGCGGUCAAGCGGAAACUGCUGAACUUUGAUCUCUCUCCCAAAAUGGAGGACGAUGGAGGCCUUUCUCAAAAUGGUGCUUGUUCAUUUCAAAGCUUUACCCACUGUUUGAAUGUGGAACGCUCACGACGAUGACCUCUGGAGAGCAACUUUUAUUUUUACAUACUACUCGGAGAGAGGUGUGGGGGUGUGUGUGUGCGUGCGUGCGCGUGUGUAAGUGAUGUGACCAAAACUCACAGUAUCUAAAAGCUAUUCGUCAUUGGCGUGUUCAGGGUGACGAUGUGAACAGACCAUGGAAUCAGCUGAUCAAUGUAGCAAGAUGGCACUUUCAAAAACAGUAUAUUUUGGUUUUUUUUGUUUUUUGUUGUUUUUUCCAAACAAAGGACUGUGAACAAGCAAACAAUUUGAACAUCUCAUUUCAAAUGAGCAUGAACAGAGGACAGGGACAGGAUGUGUGGCAUUUUAUUCUGCGAGCAUUACAGUGACUGCUUCUGCCUUUUAUGGACGAGCGAGGCACGCAAAAGAACCUAAAAACAAAUUCAUUUUUGUACAUACAGACUUAAAGAAAAAAAAAAAGGAAAAAAAAAACGUGAUUGAAACCAUGUUGUACCAAAAACUGCCCUCAGUUCCUUCUCAGUUGUAUUCAAAUGUGCUAUGCAAAUUCUUUUUCUCCUUUUCUUCUCUACAGAGUUGUGAUUUUAUUUUACAUGUUGCUACCCAUAAUAUAAUUUUCCUUCUUUUUUUUUGUUUUUUUUGUUUGUUUACAGCUUUUUUUUUUUUUUUUUUUUAAACGUAGUAUAUGAGUAUUUUAAGUGUUAAAACCAAGAGAUGGCUUCACUUUUUACAAAAGAUUAAUGAUAAAAUACUUUAUUACAAAAUUUCUUUAUCAGCAGCUGGUUAGUUUAAUCAGAUGAGUAUUUUAUUAGUCUUUUUCAAUGAGCUUUUUAUUUUUUUGGUUUGUUUCUCCCCUCCCACUAGGCAGAGCCUGGAGGACGUUAGUGCUGCUUUUUGUCAAUAGUACAAUAAAUCACCGAUCAUUUUCAUUCGUUGCGAUGUUUUUGAAGCCGUUCGAUUUGGGGAAACGAGUUCCCGUCUGAGAAUCCCGUCGCUUUAGUUUCUUUUGAAAUGAAUUUUCAGUAAAUGGAGACGGGGGGGCAAUUUUUUUUUUUCCAGAUAAAUGAAGAACAGCUGUUUAUUCCUUUUUCCAGAUCGUUUUUCUGUAUCAGAAAAACUCACUAGUGUUUACAUGACCGAGUCAGAAUCUAUAUUUUGACUCGUGUCCCUCGUAUACUGCUCUGCUUUUCCCUCAAAGCUGAUCAACUGUAGUUCUUCCAUUUACAGGAAAAUCAACUCAGCGCCUUUUUUCUUUCUUUCUUUUCUAACUGCCAGCUCAAUGGCUCCAUUUUGUCAUUUGCUGUCCUAAUGUCCUCAUCAGAGAUUACAGUAUUCUAAGCUUUAUGACUGGUGACGUCUUUGGCAUAGAGGAUUGCCUCCAGCUCGACUCGUGUCUAUAUUGCAGUUAUGCAUCCGAUGAUAUUUUGCAUAAAUAAAACAUUGUGAACCAA